AUGUCAGAAGGAUGGAUUUCAUUUCUAAUUGAUGAGAUUGGUCUUUAUACCCUCUCCAAUGCCGGAACAGAUGUAUACAUUAUCAUUCUUCUUAGAAUGAUUAGAUUAAUUGGGUUUGGUGCAACAUCUUUAAUCCUUGCAUUAUUCUUAAAAUCACUAGGCAUUCCAGAACAAUAUAUCGGAUUAUUUAUGACAUUGACAUUUAUUGGGGAUUUGGUGUCUUCAUUCUUAUUAUCUAUCAUAACUGAUCAAAUUGGAAGGAAAAAAAUGUUGCUUGCUUGUUCGGUCUUGAUGACUUUGACAGGGGCUGUUUUCGGUUCGUUUGAAAAUUACUAUGUUUUGGUUAUAACUGCUAUUCUUGGAAUUUUGACACCCUCUGGAGGGGAAGUUGGUCCAUUUAGAACAGUUGAGCAAAGUUCUAUUGCAUCAUUGGUUCCUCAUGAGAAGAGAUCAGACAUUUAUGCUUGGUAUACGUUUUUGGGAACAUUUUGUGCUGCCUUUGGGUCAUUCUUGGCAGGAGCAUUGAUCGACAUUGUUCAGGACAACUAUGGGUUCACCAUAGUGCAAAGUUACAAAUGUGUAUUUUGGGUCUACACGUUGUUAUCUGGUAUAUGUGUUAUUUUAUGUUUAUUCAUCACGGGAAAUAUUGAAGUGAAGCCAGACCCUGGGCUUGAAGAACCAGCAACCACACCAGAAGACAAUGAGUCUGAACCAACUGAAACAUCUCAAUUAAUACCAACAACAGGUAAUGUGACCAAUAAACCCAAGAAUAAGUUCAGAUUAUUGCCACAUUUAUCGCCAGAUACCUACUUACUUGUCAUUAAAUUGUCCUUAUUAUUUGGACUUGAUUCAUUUGCCUCAUCAUUAACUCCAAUCUCAUGGAUUUCAUAUUAUAUCAAAAACAAGUUUGAUGUACCAUCAUCUUAUUUGGGUUCAGUUUUUUUCACCACUGGAUUUGUGAGUGGUUUCACAUCACUUGGUAGUACACCAUUAACCAAAAGAUUUGGGGCAGUUGUGACAAUGGUCUUCACUCACUUGCCAGCAUCGAUAUUGUUAGCCCUUGUCCCACUCCCAUCUUCUUUCUCCUUGACUAUGGGCAUUUUGGUCGUUCGAGCAUGUACGCAAACAAUGGAUGUAGCACCCAAACAUGUAUUCUUAGCAACCUUGGUGUCAGAUAGUGAUAGGACUGCAGUGUUUGGAUUUGUCAAUGUUGUCAAAACAUUAGCACAAGUUGUGGGUCCAAGUAUUGUUGGUGUAAUCACCCAACGUGGUGCCCAAUGGAUUUCGUUUGUUAUUGCUGGGUCAUUGAAGGCCACCUACGAUAUCGGAAUGUUGGUAACAUUUUUAACUUACAAUCGUCAUGCUGUACACUAG